CUGUUAGUUGUCGUCUGCUUGGAAAAUGUUUACAAGUCUGAAUUCUUAGCUGAAAUUUUCCAAAAAAUUUCUCACGUGUAUAAUUUGUAAAAACGUCUACACCAUUUCCUUACCAUGCUAAUUUUAAGAAUCAGCAAUCUUCUUAGUCAUAGUAUACAGAAAAGCUCACGUUAUGGGUCUCAGAGGUACUUCGUCGAGACACUAAAUCGCAAAGCAGUGCAAAAUGUGAAGCAGGCAUUCAGAUCACAAUCAAUAAAAUCAACGGCCAAAGAAACAUGUUCCACAUCACUGCUGAGAUUACUGGGAUUCUCUUGUGGAACAGGGUUAAUUUUGGGCAAGCAAUUCUAUUCAGGAAACCAUGCUUACUGUGAAGCCAAGUUAAAAUCAAGGAUUGUCGAAGACGACCAAACUAAACAACUCAAAUUUGACUGGUCAAGGUUUUGGCAACUUUUGAAACCACACUGGUGGUACCUCAUCAUUGCUGUUUCAAGUGCUUUUGUAGUUGCAAUUUUAAACAUUGAAAUUCCUCGUUUGCUGGGUUCCUUGAUCAAUGUUGUAUCCAACCAUAUGGACGUCGACGCUGAAAAUACAGUGGGAGCCUACUGGCAGGAACUAAAAGUUCCCGCAAUCCGACUCGGAAUCAUGUACCUUGCCCAAGCUGCAUUUACAUUUGUCUACAUCAAUUCUUUGUCUUGUGUUGGAGAACGGAUGGCCUGUCAACUGCGCGAGGAUCUCUUUUCUUCCAUCAUUCAUCAGGAUAUUGCUUUCUUUGACAAUCAUCGGACGGGAGAAUUAGUCAACAGAUUGACAACAGAUGUGCAAGAUUUCAAAAGCUCAUUCAAGCUAUGUGUUUCGCAAGGGCUCAGAAGCGUAACCCAGACGAUUGGUUGCAUGGUGUCCAUGUACCUCAUCAGUCCUCCUUUAACUAUUUACAUGGCAACUAUCGUUCCAGCUGUUAUCGGAGUGGGAAGUUUAUUAGGAAGAUUUCUAAGAAGUCAAUCGCAAGCCGCGCAAGCCCAGGUGGCUAAAUCGACGGCCGUUUGUGAUGAAGCGCUAAGCAACAUUCGAACCGUGAGAGCUUUCGCAAUGGAAGAAAAGGAAAUGGAAUUGUACGCAGCAGAAUUGGAAAAGGCUAAAGUUAUGCAAGAGAAACUCGGCAUGGGCAUUGGUCUUUAUCAGUCGGGUACAAAUCUUUUCUUGAACGGCAUCGUUCUUGGAAUUGUGGGUCUUGGUGGUUCAUUACUUUCGUCAGGCCAGAUCAAACCGGGCGAUCUGAUGGCUUUCCUAGUGGCUACUCAAACCAUUCAGAGAUCUCUAGCUCAGCUCUCUCUCCUCUUUGGUCACUAUGUUCGCGGCAUUUCUGCAGGAUCACGGAUUUUUGAGUACAGCAACGUUAAACCAAGUAUCCCGCUGAACGGUGGCAAAAUUAUUCCCUUUCACUCUUUAUUCGGCCAGGUUGAAUUCAAAAACAUUGAUUUUACCUACCCGACUCGCCAAGAUCAGAAAGUCUUGAAAAACUUCUCGCUGACGCUUCCAGCCGGCAAAGUUGUCGCUUUGGUUGGCAGCUCAGGUGGAGGUAAAUCAACUGUCGCAGCGUUAUUGGAACGGUUCUACGAUGUUGACAGUGGAAUCAUUACGAUCGAUGGCAUUGAUAUCAAAAAUUUAGAUCCAACAUGGCUUCGAGGACGUGCUAUUGGUUUUAUAAACCAAGAGCCAAUUCUUUUUGCCACGUCCAUCAUUGAGAAUAUCCGGUACGGCAAACCGUCCGCAACGGAUCUAGAAGUGAUGGAAGCUGCUAGAAUGGCGAACGCCGAUGAGUUUAUCCGUUCCUUCCCGAACGGUUACGCCACUCGAGUUGGAGAAAGAGGCGUAACGAUUUCUGGUGGUCAGAAGCAACGCAUCGCCAUCGCUCGAGCUCUCCUCAAAAAUCCAUCCAUUCUCAUCUUGGACGAAGCGACUUCCGCUCUGGAUGCCGAAUCAGAGAAACUCGUUCAAGAUGCGUUGGACAAGGUUGCUGCUGGGCGAACUGUCCUUAUCGUUGCUCAUCGCCUAAGUACUAUUCAGAACGCCGAUACGAUCGCAGUCGUCUCCAACGGAGCUAUAGCUGAGGUGGGCACUCACAAAAGCCUUGUGGACAAACGUGGACUGUACUGGAACUUGAUAAGGCAGCAGCAGCAGAAUCAUUCGAGUGAAACUCACGGAGCCUAAAUAUCAAAUUUUGUUUUAAAUUACCUUAAACUUAAUAGUUUGAAUUUGUUAUAUAACAGGACCUUGUUUCUAAAAAAGCUCUUAUGUUGAUAGUUUCCUGGCAUUAAAUUACUACUUUU